AUGAGGCCAGACGUGGCCAUCAAGCGAGUGUCCCAGGAGCGCAUCUUGGAGUGGGCGCGGCUGGGGAGUGAGCGGGGCCAGCGGGAGGAGCUGGCGGGGCGUGCCGGGCAAGGCCCGGCAGGGCGGCAGCGAGGGCAGCAAGCGCAAGCGUGGAGUGAGCGGGGGCCGCGCAGCGCCCCGGGCCAGGUCAUGGCGAGCCGCGGCGGGGCUGGGCAGGGGCUGCCCGAGGCGCAGCAAAGCAUUGGCCCCGCUGACGGCAUUGCGGUCCCCCCGCAGCGCAAGGGCGCCCUUGUGCUCCUGGAGCCGGCGCUGCUGUGGAAGGUGUCGUGGCCUGGCUUCAGCGGCGUCGUGCGGCUCCUGGACUGGUUCGAGGUGCCCGAGGGCUUCGCGCUGCUCAUGGAGCAUCCACAGCGCUGUCAGCACCUCUGGUACUUCCUGCACGAGCGGCGGUUCCUGACGGAGCCCGUGGCGCGGGGGCUGCUCCGCCAGGUGCUGGAGGCCGUGCGGUGCCGCAGCAGCCACGGUGUCCUGCUCCGCCACAUCAAGGCCGAGAACGCCCUCGUCCACCUGGCCACAGGUGAGGCAAAGCUCAUCGACUUUGGCUGCAGCACGAUCCUCCAGGACACGUUCUACACCCAGAUGUCAGGAACACCUGAGUACAGCCCACCCCAGUGGAUCCUCUUUGGCUGCUACCAUGGCCAGCCAGCCACCAUCUGGUCCCUGGGCAUCCUGCUCUAUGAGCUGGUCUGCAGGCACCUUCCAUUCCACACCAAUGAGGACAUCAUCAGGGUCCAGCUCUUCUUCCCACCACGGGUGUCUCAAGGUGGGGAUGCACCUUCAAGGCAUGAGGGGAAGAACGGGGUUGAGGAUUACACCUGGUGCCCGGACCGGACGGGGAAGCACCUGCAGCAUCCGUGGAGCGCGUCCAGUGCCAGUGCUACCCCAGGGGCCACGGUCUGCAGGGACAGCCCCUUCCAGAAGGACGAGGACCUGGUGCGGGAUCGGCUCCUCUCCUGGCAGCAGCUCUCCAGAGGCUGCUAG